UGCGAAACAAACAAACAAAACAACACCGCGGAACAACCAGCCAGUGAUCAGCGUGUGCAUCGGGGUGCAGUGACGACAAGGGUGUGUCUGUGUGCAAGUCAUCAGCGUGAUGGCUGGCCCAGUUCUUGUUCGGCGCCUUCUUCUGUGUGUGGUGGUUGUUGUUGUUGCUGUGGUGGUGGUGGGUUGUGACACCUGUUUUGCGGGAAACACGCCCAAGAGCCCCGACCACGAUCAUCAUCAUCAUCAUCAACAACAACGACAACAACAACGACAACAACACGAUCGUCAGCAGGACCAGAAGCUGCCGUGGAUCACGGCGUCUGGGGAGGAUGCGCUGCUGCGCGAUGAGCAAGGGCGUGUUCGCGUGUUCCACGGCGUGAACCACGUGCAAAAGGCCUUUCCGUGGUACCCGCCCAUCCUGCUCAACACCACCUACAUCAAAGAGAUGGCGUCGCUCGGCGUGAACGUCGUGCGCCUGGGGUUCAUGUGGUCUGGCGCAGAGCCGAGCGAGGGGAACUUCAACAUGACCUAUUACCAAACCAUCGACACCAUUGUCGCGCAGCUGGCCAACCACAACAUAUACACCCUCCUGGAUGUGCACCAGGACGGCUUCUCCUCAAAGUUCUGCCUGUACGACGGCAUCCCACUGUGGGUGGCAAACCGCAGCGUUGCGCGGCGGCCGUUCCCCUGGCCCAUGCAGGGCGGCUGCUCCUCCCGGCCCUGGGCGGCCAACGAGCUGACGGAGGCGUGCGGGCAGGCAUACGACGACCUCUACCACAACGUCAGGGGCAUGCGCGAUGCCUUCAUCAAGUUCUGGUCCUUCUCCGCAGACUACUUCAAGAACAACUCCAACAUCAUUGGCUACGAGCUCAUCAACGAACCGUUUGCGGGCGACGUGUACGCGAAGCCGGAGCUGUUCCUGCCCGGGGUGGCGGGCCGAGAGAACCUGGCCCUGCUGUAUGAUGCCGUGGCACCGGCCAUCCGCCAGCGAGAUCAGCGCCACCUCAUCUUCUACGAGCCCGUCACGUGGGGCAUGGUCUUCAACGGCAGCGUGGUUGGCUCCGGGUUCCAGCACGUGCCGGGUGGCGCUGCCCACGCCAACAAGAGCGUGUUUUCGUUCCACUACUACUGCUGGUUCUUUGACAUCCCGGGCAACGCGAGCACGUGGCGCCGCGCCGCUUGCGAUGACGCCCUUGGCCCGCAGGUCUUCAACGCCGUGCAGAGGGACGUGGGCUAUCUUGGUGGCGCGUCGUUCCUAACGGAGUUUGCGGCGACCACGUGCGACCCGUCGUCGGGGGCCAGUGAGGAGUGCACGGCCGUGCUGGACCUGUGCGACGAGCACCUUGUGUCGUGGAUCCACUGGCCGACAGACACGGACUACCCUGGCGGCGUUUACGACUGGGCAGCGUAUGCGGCGCUGGGCCUCUCACGCCCUUACGCAGCUGCAGUCGCUGGCUUGGUGCAGUCUGUCUCGUUCAACAACGCCACGCGCACCUUCCACAUGUGCAUGCAGUUUACGGCUCUAACCCCGUCAGCCAAGACAGUUGUGCGCUACGACAAGACGCACAUGUACGCGAGCGGCGUGUACAUCCGCCCGAGCGGCGGCCUCUCUAUUGCCACCGUCUCCGACCAUGACGUUGUUCUCAUCAGCCAGCAAACGCAGGGCAGCGGGUGUGUCACCCUCUCUCCUCCACCAGAUAACGCACCCGAUACAGCGGUGGCGGCAGCAACAACAGGAACAACAGGAACCAGAACAGGCGGCAAAGGUGCAGCUUGAGGUGAGAUUGAGUUGCGCGUGCGUGUGUGCGUGAAGCGGAAGCGAGCCUGUGAUGACACAGGGACACACAGAGAGACAAGAACGCGGGGACGGCAGACGAGUGAGUCGAUGCGUUGUGCAGAGGGUGCUUUCGUCAAUGCCUUACUACAUUACAUUACAUGAGUUUAUUGAGAACAACACUCCAUGUGUGCAUGCUGAGUUGAAUUGAGAUUUACGUUGGGUUGUUUAUUUCUUCCUUCCGCGUCACGGUGACUGUGGCCGACAAUGGUCAAUCAAUUCCAAACUCUUCUCCAAUACAUCUGCUCUGAUCGUCCUUGUGAACAUCACGGUCACGCAGCCCCGC